AUGACAAACUACAACAUCUCCAUCGUCAGCGACACAGUCUGCCCUUGGUGCUAUGUAGGCAAGAACCGCCUCCAAGUCGCCAUCGACACGCACAAAAAGACUUUUCCAAACGACACAUUCACCACAACCUGGUUUCCAUUCUACCUAAACCCUGAUGCGCCCAAGCAAAGCAGAGACAAGCAAACCAUCUACGUCGAAAAGUUUGGCGAGCAAAGAGUAAAAAUGAUGCAAGCUCGUCUGUCAGAAAUCGGGCGUGAAUUAGGGAUCAACUUUGCUUAUGGAGGAAAGAGUGGCAAUACUAGGGAUUCGCAUAGAGUGGUGCAGUUGGCAAAGACCAAGGGAGAGGAGACGCAGACGAGGGUUAUGGAGAAGCUGUUUAAUGCUUACUUUGAGGUCAAUGACGAUAUCACCGAUCAUGCUGUUUUGACAAAGGCGGCUGUUGCUGGUGGCCUUGAAGAGCAGGAGGUCAAGGAGUGGUUGGCGAGUGACAAGGGUGGUCCUGAGGUUGACCGCGAGGUUGCUGCCGCUCAGAGGAGGUUCAUCACUGGUGUCCCUCACUUCACUUUUAACAACAUGUACGAAGUCGGUGGUGCAGAGGAACCUGCCACUUUCCUGCAAGUUUUCAAUGAAAUCAAGAAGCGUGAGGGAGCAGAUACCUCAUCCACCACUCAGGUAUCAUCCGGCAACACCUGCUAG